GCGAGGAGGGCGCGGCGGGCUCGGCCCGGGGUUGCGCGCGGGCUCCCGUGGGUCCGGCGGUUGCAGCCGACGGUUCGCGUCCCGGCCCGGUUCCGCGGGUCCGCCUCCCUCUCGUUGGUCGGCCUGCCGCCGUCUUCAUGGGCCUGGAGCUGUACCUGGACCUGCUGUCCCAGCCCUGCCGCGCCGUCUACAUCUUCGCCAAGAAGAACGGCAUCCCCUUCGAGCUGCGCACCGUGGAGGUGCUCAAAGGUCAGCACAACAGCGAUGACUUUGCCCAGGUGAACCCCCUGAGGAAGGUGCCAGCCUUGAAGGAUGGGGACUUCACCCUGGCCGAGAGUGUGGCCAUCCUGCUGUAUCUUAGCCGGAAGUAUGAGGCCCCUGACCACUGGUACCCCCAGGACCUGGAAGCCUGCGCCCGUGUGGACGAGUACUUGGCAUGGCAGCACACGGCUCUGCGGAGCAGCUGCUCCCUCGUCAUGUGGCAUAAGAUGAUGCUCCCUGUGUUCCUUGGUGAACGGGUGCCCCCCGAGACAUUGGCAUCUACUCUGGCCGAGCUGGACAGGUGCGUGCAGCUGCUUGAGGUCAAGUUCCUGAAGGACGACUUCCUCGCGGGGCCCUGCAUCUCGGUGGCCGACUUGGUGGCCAUCACAGAGCUAAUGCACCCUGUCAGCGCCGGCUACCACGUCUUCAAAACCCGCCCCAAGCUGGCGGCCUGGCGCCAGCGCGUGGAGGUGGCGGUCGGGGAGGACCUCUUCCAGGAGGCCCACGAGGUGGUCAUGAAGGCCAAGGACCUGCCGCCAGUGGACACUGACAUGAAGGACAAGCUGAAGCCCGUGGUGCAGAUUUUGUUGUAGUGAGGAGGGGCGGGCCUGCAGCCAAUGUGGAGACCGGUGUCCAAAUAAAGAGAUGGAGCUGCCCCUCUCCUUGGCCUUAAGCAAGGCACCCGCACAGUCUCCGUCCUUGAGAUCCCUCCAGCAUCAGGCCCACACUCCUCCUCUUGUCUGUCUGUUUACUCCACUCUUGCCCCUUCCACUCCAACUGGCAGGAGACCUCUGGAAUGAGCUUUAUUUAUUAUUU